GAAAUCAGCGACACAUCUUUGUUUCGGCUGGUCGUGGCGGCUCCUCUCUGUUCUGUCCUCGAGCCCUUCCGGAUUCACUUGUUUACUUUCGGACCUUUCAGCAUCCGAAUUAUUGAAAAAAACUCGAAUUAUUACAUUCUUUUUAUACUGAACGCAAAUUUAUUUUUUUCAAAAGAAUCAAAUCGCGAUAAAAUCAUGCACACGUAAUUAUAUAAGUUUUAUUGCGAAACUUAGCUAGCUCAGAUUUAAGGGCCGAUUUUGUAAACUUUUUUGGAGCUACUACGAGCUAGUAGUCACUCAUGAGGCUGGACGGCUGUCCGGUCGUGCGCUGCUGACACCCCGGGCCCGACUCUCUGUUCGACCCUGCCCUGCUCCUUCAGGCUCCACCAUGAGAAGGGAUAGGCGCGUACGGCUCACUGCUGUGUCUCCGCCGCCCUCACACGGCCAGCCGGGCGGCGGCAGCAGGCGAGCCGGCCGGCGGGGGAGACCGAGAACGAGCGCCGGAGGAGGAAAGAAUGUGACUGUGAGUGAAUCGGGGGAGCGCGGCGAGAGGAGCGCCAGGGCUGGAGCCGCAGGACAGAUCGACACCUUCACCGGGCCGCCGGCCAUUGGUGCGGAUGGUGACGCUUCGGAGAACGGGUCUCAUCCCUCGGGCUCCGGGCGCCUCACCACCGCCUUCUGUCGUCUGUGUCACGGCCGCUUCUCUCCGCGGAGCCUGAGGAGCGCGUUCGGCGGGCCGCACGAGGAGCCGGCGGAGCGCGCGGGCGAAAAGGGCGCGAAGCCGCCGCUCUUCUGCGCGGACUUCCAGCGCCUCGUGGGCGUUCCCGUGAGCCAGGACCCGCUGCUCUCGCGCUUCGUGUGCAAGAGCUGCCACGAGCAGUUCUACAGGUGCCACGGCAUCCUGCUGGACUUCCUGCACAGGGUCAAUCUGUCUCCGUCCGCGUGCGAGGCCCCCGGGGACUGGGCCAACUCUUUGUGGUCGCCGUCAACAGAGGAUGGGUCCCCCUCCGCAUCCUUGAUCACCUCUUCGCCGCAGUGUCUCCACAAUCUCGUGUCUUGGGCUCACCACCAUGCAGGAGCGUGCAGCUCCUGCCCUGGCUUGCAGAAGGUGCUGGAGGGCAACUACCGGGGCAUGGUGAAAGCUGUGUGGGGCUGUGUAGAUGGACACAGUUAUGUGGUUGAGGCACAUGUGCAUCCUGGGCCUGGACUGAGUGAACCUACCGCAAUGGUCCGGCCAGAGAGAGACGAAUUGUCCUGGAGGAGUGGAGCCCCCAAGCCCGGAGUGGUCCUUACAGGCACUGAGCCACCUUUGGCCCCACCAAGCCCAGCUGCAGCUCCUCCAACCCAGAGCCCUUCCCUGAAUUCCACGACAACAGCCAAUGCUACAGACACCACAGAGGGCACGGUGCAACGUGGAGAGACUGUUACACCUAUGGCAGCUGAGCCUCUGGAUGGCGUGGGGGAUAGUGACCUUUCUGAUAGGGACUUUUCCAGCGAGGAAGACGAGGACAGAAGGAAAAGUGGGUCAUCAGAUGAGCUGUUUGAGCCAUACCCAGGAAAGCGUGGAAUCAUCUCAUCAAAGAAAACGAGCCGGGAGCCUGAGGGGGCUUUGGAGCCCAAAGUGAGGAAGAAACCAGGCCCCAAGCCAGGCUGGAAGAAGAAAAUAAAGUCUGAGAGAGAGGAGCUUCCCAAUAUCUACAAGUGCCCUCACCAGGGCUGUACAGCUGUGUACCGUGGUGCAGAUGGCAUGAAGAAGCACAUCAAGGAGCACCAUGAGGAGGUCCGGGAGCGGCCCUGUCCCCAUCCUGGCUGCAACAAGGUCUUCAUGAUUGACCGUUACCUUCAACGCCACGUCAAGCUUAUUCACACAGAGGUGAGGAACUACAUCUGUGACCAGUGUGGACAGACCUUCAAGCAGAGGAAGCACCUCUCAGUCCACCAGAUGCGUCAUUCAGGGGCAAAACCGCUACAGUGCGAAGUGUGUGGUUUCCAGUGUCGCCAGCGCGCCUCUCUGAAGUACCACAUGACCAAACACAAGGCGGAGGCAGAGCUGGAGUUUGCCUGUGAGCUUUGCGGGAAGCGUUUUGAAAAGGCACACAACCUCAACGUCCACAUGUCCAUGGUGCACCCACUGACGCAAGGAGGCAGCGGGCCUGACCCUGGCCCUCAGGGCACAGUGGGGAGCCGCCCACAGGGGCAACAACCUGCUUCCAGCUGAUGAACAUGGGGCCACCCCCAAUCCUAACCGGAGUAGAACUUUGCCCCAUUCUAGUGGCUCCUGCAGUGACUCUGCACUGUAAAGGGGGUUAGUUCUGAAGUGCCGGGGCGAGAGGUUCUCAGCCUUUCGGUGAGGAAAAUUCAUGAUUUACGCUCCAUUAACGGCGAACCUUCACCCACACUGGAGGAAGGCUCAGCAAAUGACUGGACAUUUUUGUUGGCUUUCUUAUUUAUGUACAAUAUUGUAAAAUAUGUUUCUAUUUUGUCAUUGUUUAGGAGCUCUUGUACAAGUUGAAGGUGGCUAAACAUGUGUUUUCUUGUAUAGCUUUUGAGCCUAAAAAUGAACUUGUGAAUCUGA